AUGAUUGCGUUGAUGAGAAGAGACAGCGGCCAAUCCAUCCGAAGAUCCAGGAUAGCCGCCGCAAUCGCCGUUGGAAUAUUCCUUGGCUGCGUCUUCGCCUUCUUCAACCCUGACGGAUUCUUCGCUUCCACGCCUCCCACUCACCACUCCAUUGACAUUUCAAAUUCAGAGGUUGCUUCCUCAUCAUGCGAGUCAUCAGAACGCAUUAACAUGUUAAAAUCGGAGUUUAUAACUGCUUCGAAUAAGAAUGCAGAGUUGAAAAAGCAAGUACGGGAAUUGACUGAGAAGCUUCAGUUGGCUGAACAAAGGAAAGAUAAUGCACAGAAAGAGGUGCUGGUGUUGGGUGAGCAGCAGAAGGCCGGGCCUUUUGGCACCGUUAAGGGUGUACGAACCCACCCUAACAUCGUACCUGAUGAGUCGGUCAACCCAAGACUGGCCAAGAUAUUGGAGAAAGUUGCUGUCAAGCGAGAACUUAUUGUUGCGCUGGCAAAUUCAAACGUAAGGGAUAUGUUGGAGGUUUGGUUCACAAAUAUCAAGAGAGUGGGUAUACCUAAUUAUUUGGUUGUUGCUUUGGAUGAUGAUAUUGCCAAUUUGUGCCACUCAAAAGAUGUUCCAGUGUAUAAACAAGACGCGGCUGAAGGAAUAGAUUCCAUAGCGAGGUCCGGAGGAAAUCACGUAGUCUCGGGGUUGAAAUUCCGGGUCUUGAGGGAGUUCUUGCAGCUAGGUUAUAGCGUUCUUCUCUCAGAUGUUGACAUAGUGUACUUGCAAAACCCUUUUGAUCAUCUUUACAGAGACUCAGAUGUGGAAUCCAUGACUGACGGUCACAAUAAUAUGACAGCUUAUGGCUUCAAUGAUGUUUUCGAUGAACCUCAAAUGGGUUGGGCAAGAUUUGCACAUACAAUGAGGAUAUGGGUUUACAAUUCCGGGUUCUUUUACAUAAGGCCAACAAUCCCUUCAAUAGAGCUUUUAGAUCGUGUAGCUGGUCGACUCUCGAGAGAGAAUGCUUGGGACCAAGCAGUCUUCAAUGAGGAGCUUUUCUUCCCAUCACAUCCUGGCUAUGAUGGACUUCAUGCUUCUCGAAGAACUAUGGAUUACUAUCUCUUCAUGAACAGCAAGGUUCUUUUCAAGACUGUACGGAAAGACUCUACACUCAGCAAGCUUAAGCCGGUAAUAGUACAUGUAAAUUAUCACCCCGAUAAGUUCCCGAGAAUGAAAGCAAUUGUGGAUUACUAUGUUAAUGGGAAUCAAGAUGCUUUGAAACCUUUCCCAGAUGGUUCAGAAUGGCAUAGGCUGAUAAAAUUGUAUGGAGGAAAAUACAGGCACAUUAAAGUGUCAAGUCAACAGUAA